AUGAGUGACGGUCUUGCUGGUCACGAACAUGAUUUUUAUCUAUUUGUCAGUAACAGUUCAUGGCUCGGAGGAUCAUCGGAGUACAGCGACCUCAACGAAGGCUUCCCGUACUGGUUUAACGGUCUUGUACCCCUGGCGUAUACUUUGAACGACGAGCGAUUGAAAAGCCAGGUCUUGGAUUCUGUGAACUACGUUCUUUCUCAUCAGCAGGCGGAUGGGUGGCUUGGUCCGGAAACCGAUGUCAACACACGCAAUCUUUGGGGUCGAUUUCCCUUCUUCUUAGGGUUGACGCAGUUAGCUGAGGCCGAGAAUGGAACUGACGUUGCCACAAGCGUAUUGGAUGGCAUGCAUAAAUUCGUCGAAUUGAUGAAUUCCAUGCUCGAAGAUAAUUUCCUUGGCUAUGUUGCAUCGGCUACUUCACCGAUCGACGACCAAUGGGGCCGCUCGCGUGCGGCCGAUAUGAUUCUGGGGUUACAAUGGCUGGUUGAGCAUGAUCCAAGAAAUGACACAGACAUCAUCUUCAAUUCAAUGAAUCUCCUAUUCGAAAAGUCAAACAACUGGGCCGAUUGGUACGUUGACGGCGUUUAUAUCAAACAGGACCUUGAUACGGUUUCCGUUGACAUCACUAAUGCCGAAUAUGCGUUUGAGCAUGGGGUCAAUAUUGGACAAGGCUACAAAUUCGGUGCUGUUAUCCGACGCUUCAACGGCGACGAUAGUCUUGGAGAUUCUUCGCGCACUGCAGUCAAUUGGACAUUGACAUAUCACGGUCAGCCCUCGGGAGUCAUGAUUGCAGAUGAGCGUCUGUCUGGCCUGAGCCCUGUUCGCGGUGUGGAGCUGUGUGCUGUGGUAGAAUCCAUCUACUCUCUAAAUUAUCUGUAUCAGGCAUUGGGCGAUGCCUCUUUCGCAGACAAUGCCGAGAUGGCAGCUUACAAUGCUCUCCCUGUCAUGCUCACACCAGAUUGGUGGGCGCAUCAGUACGUUUCUCAGACCAACCAGCCAAUAUCGCAUACUUUUGAUGCUUCCCCCUUCUAUAAUGUGGACACCGAGGGUCAACAUUAUGGGCUGGCGCCAAACUAUCCUUGCUGCACAGUCAAUCACCCGCAAGGUUAUCCCAAGUAUGUUUCGAACUCCUAUGUCCGGUAUGGCGACAAUGGAAUUGCGCAUGCAUUGCUGGGCCCAACUUCAGUCAACACCACUACCAACUCUGGCACUUCCGUCAGUGUGUCGGUCGAUACUCUCUAUCCAUUUGUAUAUGAGUUGACAUAUACCGUAGAGGCCAGUGACGACUUUGACUUUUAUGUGCGAGUGCCUACCUGGGCCACGGGAAGCAGCUUCUUCUCCAUCAAUAGCGGGUCUCACGAAGAUGUACUAGCAGAUUCCAAUACUGCCAUGCAUCAUCUUCCACUCCAAAGAGGCCGAACCACCAUAUUUUACUCCUUGGCGGGCGAUAUCCGAGUGGCUGAUCGCGCAAAUGACACUGUAGCUAUAUACCACGGACCAAUUCUUUAUACCAUUGCACCCGGAGAGAACUACACCUCAUACAGCUCAGGCUAUGCUGGUGCACCCUCGCAAGCCUUGGAAUAUGACAUUUACCCGACCACGGAAUGGGCCCUCGCCAUUGAUCCAUCGACUCUGAGGUACAACGCACCAGGGCCGGGUGCCUCCUUGCCCAACCCUAUCUGGACUCUUAACGCGCCACCAGGAUCUAUCAGUGCGACUGUAUGCGAGAUCAAAUGGAGUUUAACCGAGGGUUACGCGCCAAACCCACCGCUGCUAGCAGACAGAAACUGCACAGGAGACCCGUUCCAAGUCAGUCUAGUGCCAUAUGGCAGUGCUAGACUGCAUAUAGCUGAGAUUCCGACGAUCAGUCUGUCGUGA